CUCAAAACAGUGGUCUGUGAUAUUUCCAAUAUCUGAUAUUGUCAUUUUUAAAUUGUAUUAUUAUAAAGGAUAGUAUAAUAUGUUUAAUAUAAUAAUGUUGUUUUCCUACGCAAAUGCAGCUAUCCAACUAAUCAGUGAUUAACGUGGGAAUGGCUCUCAUCCUCUUUCGACGUCUGUGGCGUCACAGGUUACGUAACGUUGAUUAACAUAUUUUAACGAUCUGUAAAAUUUGGUUGAUGCUGUUGCUACAGCAGGCACUCGACGUGAUCAUGGUGUCCGGCGACCUGAGUAUCACUGGUGUUGGGCUUGUCGACUACAUCCCUCCGUUUACUUUCGUGGUGUAGUGUUUUACCAAAUUAUUUGUCUGCAAUAAUUGUUUAGAACCCGGUACCAUGUCGAGAGAACUAUUAAUUGUAUUUGUGUAUGACCCACGAUUCUGUACUACUGAAGCUGAUGAUCCACAAAAUUCUAUAUUAUACUUUCAUCCUCCAUGGGUAAGCUCUUCACAAAAGCUUGCUUUAAGUGGCCAACUAAUGGGGAUUGUUAAGUUUUCUUCUUCAGUUUUUUCGACUCCUUCAGUAUUAGCAUUACGUUCUGGGAAAUUUGCUAUUCGGCAUUUUGGUUCGUCAACAUUGUGUGUUGGAACAGAUAGAAAUAUUCCAGAUAGUAUUUUGGAAAAUCGAGCUGACACUUUAUAUAAUAUUUUAGUCACAUAUCACUAUAAUAUCACUGAAAUCUCAGAUCAUAAAAUUCUCUGUGAACAGUUAAAUACUGUAAUUUCAUCAUAUCUUUCACUUCUGUUAGUUUCUUCAAACAUGUUUAGUACCACUGCAGUACUUAAAUUUCCAAAGAGUGGUGGAAAUAUUCUUUUGGAAGCAAUGCAAAUACUUGAAAGUAUGCAAGAAAAAAACAAAGUUUUAGGUGGAAUGUUAUUACAUCAAAACAAAAUUGUUGUUACUCAAUUUGGAUUUGAACUGACUAAAUUAAUCCAAUUGACGAAUCCUUUCAGUAAUAAGAUACCAGCUGAAAAUGUAAAAGGAAGUUUUCAUUUACCAUUAGGCACUCAACUCUUGUACAUUUUUAUGGAUAGAGAACAAGUAUUACAAAUAAGAAAAACAGCUACCUCACUGAAACAAUCUGUGAAAAAAGCAUCAAAAUGGCGGCAAAAAAAUAAGAUAGCUGAUAAAUUACAAGACUGUCCAAAGAAUAACAAAAAUCCAGAAAAUAAAAAUAUGUUCACAGUUGAAGAAGAAGAUACCCCAGAUAGUAACAGUGGAUCAAUCUGUAGCAUGCCAGAUAUUGUGAAGGAAUCUAUUAUCAAAGCAGAGAAAAGAUUAGAAAAAUCUGGUACUGAAAAAUGUUGUUCUUCUCUAGAAUCAUCUCUGAACGAAAUGCCAAAUUUCUCAAAACUUGUUACUUUAAGGAAAGACACAACGAGGUAUCAGAGUCUUAGGAUGUUGCCUAAAACAACAAAUGAUGACAGUUUAAAAAAUAGUGAUAAAUAUAGAACAUUAUGUGACCCAUAUUUCCCAUUAUUGCGUGACGAUGACUAUGCUGUUUCAAAAGCACUGUAUGACAAACAACUAUCUCAACAUUAUACUGAUCUUGAUAUUAAAGUACAGACUGAAAAAGAAAAAAUAUUAAAAUCAAAUAAACCAGUUCGACCUAAUUCCAUUCCAUUGAAUUUACAACCUCUUGAUAGAAAACCUGCUCUUAAAGAAGACAUAAUGACACCUUUGAUGGCCAAACUUAGUAUGACAGAGUCAUAUAACUUUACCACACCUACAGAGAGUAUUUGUAGAACUCCUACAAGUUUUCAACUGCAAACUAAUUAUGCCAGCCACCAAAAACUAUUGUUAUUUGUUGCUGGUUUUCAAAAUACUUCAAUAAUGGUAUUAUUAGAAAAAGAAGCAGAAAAUGAUGCUGAACUUAUUCAUUUAUUAUGGAAUUUAAGUUUCAAUAAUCUUGGUGACUUAGAACACUCUAUAAAUAACACAAUCACAAAUGUCCCAGAUGCAUAUAAUUUACAAGGUACCGACGAAACUUAUGGCUACAUGGUAAUGGAUACGACUAAUGCUGGUAUGAUUGACAAGCAUGGUAAUUGGUUAGGUUCACAAACAAUUUUAGCCACUUCUAUACAUGAUACUUUCCAAAAAAAACCAUCAUUUCUUGAUAUAAUCAUCAGGAAUGACGAUAAUAUUGUAUACGGAAACAAAUGUGGCAGCCGAGAAUUAUUUUAUCAACAGAGUGGCAAUAUUGUUAGUGGUCUACCAACACCAUCAGAUAUAAUGGGUGUUGUAUCUACAACUGCAAAACGAAGACUUCAAAGAGACCAUGGUAUUAUUAUUCUAUAAAGUUUAACAUAACACACUGAACUAUUUAUACAGUAUUAUGGUAAAAUAUUUAAUGUGUUUUUAGUGUGAGUUAAUAUUAAGCAAGUUUUUAAAAUUUUUAUUUAUUUGUACCUAUACUAAAAUUAAAAAUGUUACUUAUUCAGUUAAUACUCAACAUUAUGUUAACUAUUAAAUAUUAAAUGUUCAAAAUGAACUUAAGUAUAUACAUAAAGUACUCAUGGAUACAGUUUGUAAACUUUAAGAAAUACACAUAUGAGUGCAUUAUAAUUUAUAUUGAAGUAUAAUUUGAAAAUAAAGUCUAUCAUGUACAAUUGUACAUUCAUGAAUGUGACUAAUUGAAUUGGUAAAUAAACAAUAUAUUUUAAAUAUUGUUAGAAAUAAUUUUUUUGGAGUUGAUACUUUUUUGUUUCCUCAUAAGUUUAGUGAUGCGAUAAGAGAAUAUUCUUUUGCAAAUUAUUACCGGGUAAUUAUUGCUAUAGUGAAACCUACUGUACUAGAUAAUAUUUAGAAUUUUACCACCGACAGUUGUACACCAUAAUGAUUACUGAUGUCUAUCUUAGAGAAUAUUCAAAAGAUAAUUACCAUAAUUUUACAUCAUUACAUAAAUUAACUCAUUUUAUGACAUAUAUUAAUAAUACAUACAAAUUAUAGUGAUCAAUUUUAGUUGUAGUAUAAUGGCCUUAACUGAAUGUUUGUUUUUAUAUUCUACAAUAAAAAUUAAACCAUUUGAAUA